UAGUAGCUGAAGUCGCUGAGCGACAAUAACCGGGUUGGAACCAGCACUGUGUAGGUCAUACAUAACCGAUGGUGAUGGUACCGGCCUUGGUACUCGUCGUUUCAUUUCGUCUUGAGAUUGACAGCUGAGUGAUUAAACAGAAUAUAAGAAUUUUUCUGAUACCGAAUACUCGCGAUAGUCAUGGUGCGGUGCUGCAAUGCUCAAAGUUGGUGCGGUGUUCAUUUUUUUAAUCGCUUUUGGACGAAGUAAUCGACAGAUUGGUGAUUAUGAACAAAUGAUAAAUAUUGUCCAACUUUCUUCGAGUAAAAGCCAUGUGUCUGUAUUUCCGGCAUCAUUACAUCAUAAUAACGUCUCUAAAAAUAAAUAAAGCAACUAGUCACACAAUGGGCACCGUUAAUUUGGAUGUCACCAGAUGAAAAAUAUUACCCAUCGAGCGUGGACACGUUUUUUGAAAAUGUUUACUUAGCGAAUCAAAAUGAGAAAUUAAUUAUGUCAGCGAUUAGCAAAGAACAUUUUCCAAUGUUAAAUACCAAGUCUCUAUUCCUAGUCACCACACAUAGCGUAGAAUAUUUAAAAAGCGAUAGAUUAACUUCUCUUCAUGGCCAUAACCCUAACCUGCGCCCAGUACCCACUUAUGCUGUAAUAUCUGCUUGCACCAACAAACCAAAUUAUUACAAAAGACCAUUUUUCACCGUUACUUAUUGGGCUUUCUACCCGUACAAUCAAGGCAAGAAAAUUUGUUUCAUAGGUAAUGUUCCUACUUUGACAAUCUUUGGUAAAUGCUUUGGCCAUUUGAAAACAAUCGGAUCUCAUGUUGGUGACUGGGAACAUGUCACCCUUUCCUUCAAGGGUCAACCUUUCCCUUCUGAACUAUAUACGGCUAUACAUAACAGUGGUGGUUUUUACAAAUACGAACCACAUCACAAACACUUUAUACUAGACUCAGAAAAAAGUCGACGAAGAGUACAAGGACCUAAACUCCCACCUAUUCUCAGAGUACAAAACGGCCAUCCUGUGUUAUUUUCCGCAAACGGAUCGCACGGUCUUUGGCCAGCCCCUGGAGAACACGAAUAUUUAAAAGUUCCGUAUUUAACAGACAAGUGUGGGUAUGGAGUGCCUUGGAAAACAUGGGAAAAUCUGGAUAUUUUAUAUUUAGGCAGUCGUAAUUUACCCAAAUGGUUGUUCUUCAAAGGAAAAUGGGGGAAUCCCAAAAAGAAUUGUGUCCUGUCUGGAAAAUUGGGACUCUGCGAGUAUACAGAUGGACCACCUGGAAUUCUACGGAACCAACAAGAAUUUUCAUGCUAAAACGUGGUUGUAACAGUUUGUGAUAUUUGUUGUUUGGAAUAAAAUUGUUUUUAAAAUUU